AUGGGGGCGUCCGAAUCUCUCCUGUCUAGGCAGCAGCUGCAGCAGCCGCGGCCGCAGUGGGCCGAUGAGAUCACGACGGUGUCCGAGGGCCGGCGCGACGACGCCGACGCCGAUCCCCUCGUCCGCCGCAUCCGGUCUCUCACCAUAGCUCCGCCGCUAUUGAGCUCUCAAUCUGAAGCGGAGGCUGAGAGCAGCCUCACCGAUAUCCUCGUCCGGAAGCCCUCUAUCUCCUCAGCCACCUCUGGAAAUCUGAACCCAAAUGUCCUAGCUGAGCUUUUCUCUAUGUACCGGGAAUGGCAAGAAGAGAAUGCCAAGAAAAUUAGCCGAAAGCAGGGGGAGAUAGAAAACAAGAUGGAAACAGCUGAUGCAUUGGCAGUUAAGCUUCUCCAGCGGUUCAACUAUUCUCUUACUUCCAUGAGAUCCACCUCCCACAAUCUUUCUGAAGUUCAUCCAUUGCAGAUCGAAGUUGGUGAGUUGAAGGGCAGGUUAACUGAAGUUAUAAGCAACUGCGAUGCACUGUGCAAGAGAAUUGCUGCAGAAGGACCGGAAAGCCUACGAUCAUCUGUUCAACCUUUCAUGCCUGCUAGAGUGGAGGCAGAAGGGUCUCAAGUCAUGACCGUGUCUGUGCACAGCACCAUCUCUGCGUGCGGUUUUAACAUUAACAUCAGUAGCCACUCCAAGUGGCAGCAUAAUAGUGUUUUUGUAGGACUUGACUACCUUAUAGUGAGCGUGGACUCUGCAGGCGCGUUAACUGUUAACACAAGUAGCUUUCUUGUUCCGAAAUGUGAACCCAAGCUGGAGCAGUGUUGCAUUAGCUAG